CUCAGCUCUUCAGCUGUCGAUCAUCGUCUAUUGUUCUCCAAACAGUAAACCACUCUUCCACACUGAGAGAUUGUGGGCGGCAGUUCUGUCCGAGUCCUGGCUCCUCAUGAAUAUGAAGUAAAGGGCUCUGACCCAGAAAGUGGUUCUGAGCGAGGUGGAAUGGGGUCUCGGAAAUGUGGAGGUUGCCUGAGUGGUCUGCUGAUUCCGCUCGCUCUCUGGAGUAUAACUGUGAACAUAUUACUGUAUUUCCCCAAUGGGCAAACUUCCUAUGCAUCCAGCAAUAAGCUCACCAACUACGUGUGGUACUUUGAAGGAAUCUGUUUCUCAGGUGUCAUGAUGCUUAUAGUAGCCGCAGUUCUUCUUGUACUGGAGAAUAAUAACAACUGUAAGUGUUGCCAGAGUGAAAACUGCAGCAAAAAAUACAUGACACUGCUGUCGAUUAUCUUCUCUGCCCUUGGAAUUGCUUGCUCUGGAUACUGCCUGGUCAUAUCUGCUCUGGGCCUGGUCCAGGGCCCAUACUGCCGCACCCUCCAUGGCUGGGAGUACGCCUUUGAAGGCACUGCGGGACGUUUCCUUACAGAUUCCAGCCUAUGGAUUCAGUGCCUUGAACCUGCACACGUUGUGGAGUGGAAUAUCAUUUUGUUUUCCAUUCUCAUAGCUCUCAGUGGGCUUCAAGUGAUCGUCUGCCUCAUCAGAGUGGUCAUUCAGUUAUCCAAGAUACUGUGUGGAACCUAUUCAGUCAUCAUCCAGCCUGGAAUCAUUUGAAUAAGGACAGGAAUGUUUGCCAUCAUCAGGAUUUGGCCAUCUAUCCAAGUCUCAUGUCAACUGUCUAGACUUGAGGGCAAUAUUCAAAUUACUGUGCUUUCUCCUCUUGGUGUUUAUUGUUCCCACUUGUGAAAUUUACAGUCCUCACUGGAAAUGCCAAUUAUACCACCCUUCCAUUUAGAUUUUUUUUCUAAGUAAUGUGUCAGGAUCUUCAGAAAAUCUUAAUACCCUUUGAUCAGACAAAUUUAUCGCCAAUAAUCUAAACCAUGGAAAGAAAUAAGAACACAAGAUAAAACUUUAGACAAAUACAUAUAUUUCAACAUUAGUUAAUAUUCUGGAAAUUAGAAAUACCUCAAAAGUCUAACUUUAGUGGAAGGAUUAAAUAAAGACUGGUUCAUUACUGGUAAUAUUAUACAGUCAUUGCAAACGAUGUUUUAAAGAUUAUGAAUACUGCUGUGUGAAAAAAAUACAAAUUUAUGUUUACAGUAUAAGCUUAACUAAAACUAACAAAUGAAACACCAAAUAAUCAAAAUAUAGGACAAAAACUAAAUCUAGAAGGAUUUACACAAAAAUGUCAGCUGCCGUUGAUUUGAGCCACAGGUGACCCUUCUUCCCACUUUUUUAUAUUUUCCAAAUUUUCUUUAUUAUGUUUCACUGUUAAAACACUUUUUAAAAACCCAUAUUUUUACUAUUAAAAAAUUUUGCUGUUUUUCCAACCUCUAAAGGCAUAUGUUUCUUCCAUGUUUUCCAGUCUUGAGUAUCUAUAAAUGCCACAAAAUAACACUUCUUUCAAUGUUCAAUGAAGGAAGCAGUGAGACAGAUAAGCCAAACAAUGUUUUAUAUAAACUUAUGUAAUCUAGCUGAGCUCUUGGCAUUAUUUUGUCACUCUUGUUAACGAGUGUGGUCACCUACAAGAGGUAGCCGUGAAAUAAAUGAACAGUUGAGGACAUGCUCAAUAGGUGAGAGAAAGUGACCAUUGACCAGUUGAUAGCUGUGUCAUGUGGAGUUACCACUACUUGUAUUUAUAAAAAAAUUUUAAGUAAAACAUUUAUCAAUUUUCUUCCUAUACUUACCAC